AUGCAUAAUGUCAAAGCUAUACAAAAAUUAAACGAAGAAGAGCUGAAGCUAAAUAUUUCAGGCGAUGCCUCUUGGCAUGCGAAAUAUAAAGAUAGCGCUUAUGUGUUUGUAGGAGGACUGAAUUAUGACAUGAAUGAAGGGGAUAUUAUACAAGUUAUGAGCCAAUGUGGAGAAAUAGUGGACUGCAAUUUAAUAAGAGAUAAAGAUACAGGAAAGAGUAAAGGAUUUGCAUUUAUUGCGUAUGAGGAUCAGAGGAGCACAAUCUUGGCUGUUGAUAAUUUUAAUGGAAUUACUCUGUGUGGAAGAAUGAUCAAGGUAGAUCAUGUAAAUGAUUAUAGGGUAGGAAAAGAAUAUUUGCAAGUAGAUGAAGAAACUGAGAUCAAAAAUCUAUAUACGCCAUCUGGACCUGAAGGGAAAGGCUGAGGCAAAUUUAGGAGGCUAAAUGAAGAAGAACUAAAAAAGCAUGAAGAAAGAACAGAGAAAUUAGUGUACGACGAGGACGAAAAAUGAGAAAAAGAAUUUAUGAAAAAUAAUGAGAAAAAGCAUAAAAAACAUAGAGAAAAAGAGCACAAAAAGAAGCAUCAUAAGCAUAGAGAAAAGGAGCACAUAAGAAAUGAAAAAAGUAAAAAGAAGCAUUCAGAAGAUUAA